AUGUUCAUUUCAGCACAUUCUAUUUUUUUCCAAGGACUAAACUUGAAGUCCAUCUCUGAGAAUCGGGAGGAAAGAAAGGAUUGGCCAGGUUAUUCCGGGGACCUGUUCUUCCGUGGGAACUUCCAUGAAGAUCCAAGUCAGGGUACCUUCUCAGGGAAUGGAAAAUCUGCAUUCAUAGGUUCUUCUGUGUCUAGAGAAGUUGAAGAGCCAGUUGAACCCCGGACUCAGGUUCUUGUCUCUCUAAAGGAGGUGGCUGUGUGUUUCUCCGAGGACGAAUGGUCUUGGCUAGAUCCUGUUCAGAAAGACCUGUACAGAGAUGUCAUGCUGGAGAACUCCAGAAAUGUGGCCUUUUUGGAGCAGUGGUGGCGAACCUAUGCCACUCAUGCCAGAAGUGGCACACAGAGUCCGCUCUGUGGGCACGUAUCACCGCACCAAGCUGCUUUCUGGCCGACAGCAGACUUCCCAUUUACAAAAUGGGGGAACAACAAUGGACCGCUUGACUGCCAUCAACGAUCAUCUGGACCACAUGGCCUGGGCUUAGCAGCUUCUGGACCUCGGCCGCUGCUCCUGGACCUCGGCCGCUGCUCCCAGACUUUGCCCGCUUGCCUGCCAUCACCAAUCGGGUCCAGCUGUUCCUGCCAUCGCCUAUCAAGCCCAGCUGCUCCUGCUAUCGCUGAUCGGGCCCAGCUGCUCCCGGACUUUGCCCGCUUUGCUGUCGUGGAUCGCCCAGACCACGUGGCCCAGGCCCAGCUGCUUCCAGAUCUCCCCUGCUGCUCCCGGACUUCGCCCACUGCUCCCAGACCUCAACCGCUUGCCUGCCAUCACCGAUCGGGCCCAGCUGCUCCUGCCGUCACCGAUCGGGCCCAGCUGCUCCCGGACCUCACCUGCUUGCCUGCCGUCGCCGAAGUUGCUACUCCAAGUCUUGAACACCCAAAAGUGAGUGCAGCAAAAAAGGCAAGAACAGAUAGUGGAAGAUCAUUCCGAGAGGCCUGGACAGAGUCAUUUGGAAUGAUUGAACACAAUGGGAAAGCAUUAUGUACUUUGUGUAAUGAAAGUGUUGUAUGUCGCACAUCAAGUGUGAGACGGCACUUUAACACCAAACACAAAAAUGUUGCUGAACUUGCUGCAACUGAAAGAAAAGAAUUUCUUGAAGAGAAAUGGAGGAAAUAUCAUUCCCAGUCUCUUAGUGUUUCCAACUAUCUUUCUAGAACAAAUCAUCUGACAGCUGCCAGUUUUCAAAUUUCACUGUGCAUAGCAAAACAUGGUAAGCCCCUCUCAGAUGGAGAUACUAUCAAAACGGCCAUGUUGUCUGAGUGUAGUUCUCUUUUUCAUGAUUUCCCAAACAGGAAUAAAAUUAUUCAACACAUCUCUGAGAUGCCACUGAGCAGAAAUACUGUUAAAGAUCGAGUCCAGCGCAUGGCAAGUGAUGUUAGUCAGCAGCUAACCAGUGACUUAAAAAAGGCAGCCUGUUAUUCCAUGUGCUUGGAUGAAAGCACAGAUAUAAAUAAUCAUGCAAGGCUAGCCAUUAUUUUGCGUUAUGCUGUUGGUGACAUCAUCAGAGAAGAGCUGGUGAAACUGGUGUCUUUGUCCGAAGGAACACAAGGGAUAGAUAUCUACAAUGCUGUGAUGGAGGCUUUUUUGUCACAAGACAUAAGACCAGAAAAAGUGGUUUCAAUUAGUAGUGAUGGGUCACCUUCUAUGGUGGGGGCAACCUCUGGUUUUACACAGUUCUUUGUUAAAGAAAUAAAACAUCAAGUCGUUCAGUUCCAUUGUAUUAUACAUCAAGAAGCUCUUUGUGCCAGGGAAAGCAGCAAAAAAUUUGAUGAUGUCCUCAAAGAUGUCACAAAAAUGGUGAAUUACAUCAUGGCUCGUGCACUGAAUUUUGAACAGUUUAAAGCACUUCUUGAGGAGGUCCAGGCGCAGUAUAAUUGUUUACUUAUGUACAGUAACGUCCGAUGGCUGAGCAGAGGACGAGUCCUGGAGAGAUUUGUAGCCUGCUUGGAUGAAAUUAGGCUGUUUAUGAAUGAUAAAGGGCAGAAAUAUCCACAGCUCACUGAUAUGGCCUGGCUUACCAACCUCAUGUUUUUUACAGAUUUUACAGCACACUUCAAUGUACUGUACAAACAACUACAAGGUGUAGGAAAAACAGCAGAAAUGACAUUUUGUGAUAUUAAAACAUUUGAGAGAAAACUGCAGGUUUUUGAAAGAGACCUUAAAAGUGGGCAGCUGAAAUAUUUUCCAAAUCUAAAAAUGCAUUUAGAAAAUGCUUCAACAUUUGCAGACAAUCCUACAAGCCAUCAGAAAAUCUACAAGGAAUUUUCUAGCAUUGUAGCAGCUGCAAAGGUGAACUUUAAUAACAGAUUUUUACAGUUCCGUAAGAUGGAGACAACCCUAUAUUUUCUUACUUCUCCAGAUAAAGCCAAAUUUGAAGAACUUGAUCUUUCCUGCUUACGCUGGUUAGAUUUAGAAAAUCUGGAAAUGGAGCUAUUGGAAUUUCAAGAAAACUCCAUGUGGAAAAAUAAAUUCUGUGACCUGCGUGAAACCCUUGAGAAGAUGGAAAGGAUGACAAAGGACAGCAUAGUUAAUUCUGACACAGUUAGUUGUGAAAAUGAAAUCCUUAAAGUGUGGAAUUCUCUGCCAAAUAAUUUUAAGUCAAUGAAAGUACUUGGGAUUGCUUUCCUUACAUUGUUUGGAUCAUCUUAUGCCUGUGAGCAGGUGUUUUUAGCUUUGAAUUAUGUCAAACCUGACAGCAGAAGCAAACUAACAGAUGACCUGAGUGCUGCAUAUGUUGCUCUCAAACUUACAAAGUAUGAGCCAAGGUUAGAAAAAUUAUUAGCAUGCAUACAACAGCAAAAGUCACAUUAAUCAAAAGCAUGCCAAAUGCAAAC